AUGUGCUCUGGUCCUGUUGGUUGGUGCAAGCAUAUAAAUAUCGACAAUACAAAGGAGACCGUGGUAUUACAUCCAUCCAGUCUGAGGGACUCUACAGGCUCACAAAGUGCCUUGUUCCUGUUGGUUCGCGUAAGUACUGCAUGGUUUAUGGUCUGUUAAAAUCAUUUCUCACUUAGAAGGCCAGUCAGUCUUAUUUUAUUAAUAAGUUUUUUUGCUCUAUUGCUUUGUCGUUUAUUGUCAUAACGAUAUUCUUUUUAACAGCCAUUUGUAGGCGAUGCCAUACUCAGUUAAAAGUAGAUAUGGAAUCAAGCCCUCACACACUGACGGAUAUAACACAAGAAUGUACUCAAAAUGUACAAAGAAUUACUUCUGAGGAUACUGAAAUAACUCAAGUACAUACAAUAUUUUUGUUGUUUGUUUCGUUAUAUAAUGACCAAUGUCAUUAAUUAUAACUGGGGCCGAACUAUUCAUCUUGCUAUAUUACAUAUGCUUCGGAUCAUAAAAGUACUAUUCAAUAGAAAGAUUAAAAAUAUACUACAGCGUACUUAGGUCAGUUAAGGAACCUUGGAGCUUCGCCUCUUCUCUUAACGGUCUUGCUUAUUCCAUCUCAAGCUAAGCUUAUUUAGUGGUGGUGUUUCCUUGCAGGAAAUUCAAGAAGACAGAAACAAUAUGGAAAACCUAUGUGACUUGCUUAGUAAGAUAUCCAUUGUAGAAGAGGCUAUCCUGUCAGACGAAGCAAGCAGCACCAAUGAAUCUACACAGAUACAAGUAGCAACAAUCAGAUCAACAAAGGCUUUGCAGAAGAAAGAAGUGCAAUUCUAUCAGAUAAAGCAUCUACCAGUAAUGGAUCAAUAACGGCAACCACCAUUAGUCAGAGCUGAAAAAACUAAAUGAAUUUAUCCAUAUCUGUGGGGGACGGAAUCAAUCGGUCAACAAAAAAAGCGGUGGGAAGAAUUGACCACACGCAGUAAACAUUUUCGUGUUGAUAAAGCAAUAGAUGUAAUUGUGUCUGCCUUGGAAGUGAUAAUACCUGGCGACGCAGCAAGUAUUUGGGAUGCUAUUCAAACGUCACAAAGUGUCGAAAAGGCUCUUGGAAUUUCACAACCAGCUGACAGGAAAUAUCUAGAAGCCCUAGCUGAGACCUACCAGAGUGCCACCAGCUGGGACACCUGAAGACAAGUCUUAGGAAUAAUUGCAGAUCUGGUACCUUUCUCUCGCAGAUCCAGAAAUUUAUCCCUGGUGUAACGGAAUACUGUUUUAAGCAAGCCAGAUUGCAUAUUCUUAAGUAUGGGGGUGGGGCACCAGUUCCAGUGCAGAGAAGUCCCAGAAUGAGAUUAGACGAGUGCCAGUUGGAUCAGUUCCUUUCCUUUAUUACCAGUCCUCAUGUUGUACAAGACCUACCAUUUGGCCAACGAUACCUCCACCUAGCAAAUGGCCAAGUCCUAGCACGUCCAAACGUAAUUCGAUCAAUGAUUCCACAAAGAAUUGUAAUGCAGUACACACAGUUUUGCAAAGAAGACGGAACCAAACCAUUGAGUCCCUCAACCGCAUUACGAAUUUUGUCAGUUUGCACCGCAACUGUACAAAGGUCUUUGCAGGGUUUGGAUUAGCCUGCAUGGCAGGCGGUAUUUCUGCGGGCAGCGAAAAUUAGGGAAGCAAAGGAAAUACCGUCUGCCGCAAAACUAGGGGGUUUUGAAUUACCCGUCCGCUGGUGAACGGGAAAAACGGAUUGGUUAGUAUUUUUAUGUAGUUGUCAAUCAACGGCUAAAUUCGGUUAAAUGUUAAUCAUUAACCAAAUGUUUUGACGUUUUGAAACUCUGCGUUUUGAAAUUAGUUCACGUCAAGUCAGACCAGAAAUGGAAUAACAUAAUAAAAGAAGCAAAUUAAAAGAUACAAGCUGAAAAAUAACACUCUAAAUAGUGUUAUUGAUAGAGAUUCGAACAAGAAUAUUUAAAAAAGAAGAUACGUCCGAAGGGGCCGAAGUUAUGAUCGGCGAAAGGUAUGGGCUAGUCUAUAUUUUCGUUCAGACAAUUACAUGCGUAUUAAUUUGAUAAUAUACUAUCUCGCUUGACUUUCAAAGGCCAUAAAUCGCAAUAAUGUUGACAUUUUACUAAAACUAUCGAUAGAAAUUAGGAGAUAUUUCUUCACUGAAUCGAACAGUGGGAUUUCCAUAUAGGCCUAUCAGUCAUGUUCUGAACCAAAGAUACUUGAUAGAUAUUAUAUACGAACCUCCAAAGUAUAAACAAGGGGCCGGUUGAUGCAGUAAUUAUCAAAUAACAGUUAAACUCUUAUAUACCCGUUGAAUAUGUAUAGUUGUAAACAAAUAAAAACUAUCGUUCUAUAAGGUUCAAUACUUUUAGUUUGGUUGUUGACUGAUGAUGAAUCUAUAGUAUAGACUUGCAUGCUUUGUAUUUUGAGCUUAUUAAACCACCGUUUUAAGGCAGCUAAAGCUAAACGGGCUUGGUUUAUAUUAACACAUAAAAUAAAUUCCUUAAUUCUCAUCACUAGACACAGUCUACACUUUGAAAUGUCGAAGACAGUGGGAGAUUUAUUUUUUAUAUUUUAUAUUUAUAUAAUUUAUAUAUCAAUAGUUCGUAUCUCCACGAACAAUGACAGAAUGACUGAGUUUCUUUAAAAUACAAUGAAAUUUCACUCAAAAUUCUGUUUGUUUCAAAUUGGAAGUUUAAAAUGGCAAUAAAAACUCUAUAUAAAAUAUGAAAAAAUUAACUGUCUUGAAUUAUUUUGUCGGGCGGUACAUUUAUAUUGUAUAACGAAAAAUAAAACGUUUUCACGAGGAUUUUAAAAUUCAGUCGGGCAAUGAUGAGAAUCAAGGAAUUUAUUUUAUGUUGGGCAGUUGGGACUUGGGAGCAGCUUGGGAGUGGCUAAUUUUGAAUAUUUACUUAAUUAAUGCAUCUAUAAAUAGCAUUGAUGCUUCAGGGGCGGUAGUUCAUUUACACCCAGUUUUGCGGCAGGCGGUAUUUCCUACGUACCGCCUGCCAUGCAGGCUAGGUUUGGAUUAUAUUUCAGCUGAUGGGGCAAAGGCAUUUGAUGAUCUGGCUGGGUUACUCACAAAGCUCAAAAACCAUGGUUGUGAUCAAGUGUUGAUCAAUUCUUGUGAAGCAGCAUUAAAAGCUGGAAAACAGUACAUUAAAACUGACUACAAGGUAAUCAUUUUAUAAUUAUACAUAGCACAUUAUAUUUGUUGUGAGACCACAAAACCUUUGCCUAUGAUCUAUUAGAAUAGCCUUUGACAGAAUUCCGCUGCAACACAGAUGUUGUGGGAGGCGACUGGACUCAGGAGCACAGAUUCUUAUAAUUUUAAAGUAGAAAAAAGAAACUAGUAAAAACUUAUUGUUCUUAUAUUUUACAGGUGCACGUUUCUGAAGCAUCAAAUGUCCCUGACCACUGCUGCGUACAUGCUUUGAGUGAUCAAAAGCAACCUCUCUUCUCUUCCAAGUGCAACCAUCUCCACGAUCAUUCCUGCUCGUCCUGCAAACAGUUAAAUUCUACCCUUGCUUCCAUAAAGUCAUUUGUGAAAAAUUCAGCAGAGAAACUUCCAGAUGACGAGCGCGACAAUGUAAUAUUUACCUGUCAGCAGUCGAUAGCUGCAAUAGAAGCAUGGAAACAGCAUCAGUAA